GAUGAGGCAGAUCUUGGCACUCCUAGCCCUCGUGCUGUGCACGAUGGCCGCUGUCCAUCAAGUUCAUCUUACCAAGAUCGAAUCGCAACGCACAAAAAUGAUGCGCAAAGGGACAUGGGCAAGUUAUUUGAAGAUGAAAAGCGCCAGAAGAAUACUACUCGAGAAUAAUUAUGGAAAUGCUGCUGUUGUUCCACAAGUCGUGAACGAUUACGAAGAUGAGGAAUACAUUGGAAAUAUCACCAUUGGAACCCCUGAGCAACAAUUCCAAGUGAUUCUUGAUACUGGCUCUUCAAAUCUUUGGAUUCCCGACACGACAUGCGGGCAAGUACACGGAAAUUGCCAGGAUACUAAUUGCCGCGGAACAGGAAUUAUCUGUGAAGCUUUGUGCAGCGAUCAAUCUUGCUGUAGCACUGAUCACGUUGAUGCUUGCAAGGGUAAGAACUUCUUCAACUCUGCAAAAUCGUCAACUUAUCAAGCAAAUGGACAGCACUGGACCAUACAAUAUGGCACUGGGUCCGCAGUUGGAUUCUUGGGACAGGAUACGGUACGAUUCGGUGGAAUUGGUACAAAUCAACUCGCUGUACCAAAUACAGUCUUUGGACAAGCAACAAGUUUGGCUGCGUUUUUCGCUGACCAACCCAUCGAUGGCAUUCUUGGUUUGGCCUUCCCAACUAUUGCUGUUGAUGGCGUCACUCCCCCGUUCUUCAAUGCCGUCGCGCAAGGGCUCGUAGAUCAGCCCAUUUUCACCGUUUUCCUUGAGCACGUUGGAGAUCAAGACAACGUCUAUGGUGGAGUUUAUACCUAUGGAGGAAUGGACACCACAAAUUGCGGACCUGUCCUCGCUUAUCAACCUCUCUCUUCUGCUACAUACUACCAGUUCAAGCUUGACGGCGUUGCAUCGAACACGUAUUCUUCCAACAAAGGGUGGCAAGCAAUUUCUGACACUGGAACUUCACUUCUUGCUGCUCCUACUUCAAUCGCCAAUUCGAUUGCUCAGGCUAAUGGAGCUACAUACGAUUCCGAUGACCAAGUCUACUUCAUUGAUUGCAACGCAACUCCCAGUCUUGAUUUGACAAUUGGUGGUAACAAAUACACCAUAGGCGCAGCCAACAUGGUCAUCCCCUCAGGAGAUGGUCGUUGUUUGCUAGCAAUCUUCGGAAUGAACACAUUCGGAUUUGGACCUGCAUGGAUCCUUGGCGACCCCUUCAUUCGUCAGUACUGUAACAUCUAUGAUGUCGAUCAGCAACGGAUCGGUUUUGCCAACUCUCUGCAGAAAUAGAAAAGUAGUG